UUGGUGGCAGAAAUACUACCGUUUUUCAAGAGCAAAGCACUUGUUUUUCCUUUAUCACGUUCCUUUAUAUUUUUUGAAUGCAUAAUAACUUCAGAAAAAUUCGCUGCUCUCAAUACACUGGGAAGUGUGUUGUUAUUGCUGAGUUUCGCUUUUCUCUGGGGACCGUCAGCGUAUCUGCAACACUUAGUAUCUAAGCAGAGACGAUUGGUCACAGUGUGCUACAUGUCCUCCCUAUUUGCCACACUCUACUCUUCGCUUUGGCAAUACAACUUGUAUACGAACAAGAGUAUAUGCAAAAACCCGCGAUUUAAGUUGAAAUCUUUGAAUUAG